AUGUCCGCUUCCCCUGAACCCCAGGCCGAGUCCCCCGUCGCAACCCCGGGGGCCGACGUGAGCGAGAAGGCCACGACCCCGAUCAUCGGGGACGCUGACGUUGAAGGCCGCGAGAAAUCCGCCGAACCUGACGCGGGUGAAGAAAAUGAAGACGCUGGCGGAGCCGACUUGUCAGAUGACGACUCCAUCCUGUCCGAGGUCGACGAGGCGCAGUUCGAGGACUUCGAUCUGGAGAACGUCGAAGUCGAAGACCGUCCGCAACUGGCGAUCGAUGAGGAAAAUCUGAAACUUAUUGGUCGUCACAAGCGCAAGCGCACCGACGAUGGAGAAGGUCGCGAGCGCCGCAAGAAAGAGGGUCGUCGGGAGAAGAAGGGCCGUCGGCUGCGCGAUCGGGAGGAGGAAGGUGGGGAGGGCUCGUCUGCUCGUCGUCGGGAGCGCAAGAAGAGGGCUGAGUCGCCGCAGACGGAUGAGGAGACUCUGGAUCCCGAGACGCGUCGUCGCCGGGCCCUCGAUCGUGCUAUGGAUGAAGCACUGAAGAAGCCUACAAAAAGACGAUUCCGCAAGCAGGAUGGCAUUGACUUGGAAGCGAUGGCGGAUAACGAAAUUGAAGAUAUGCGCAAGCGCAUGACCCACGCUGCUCAGAUGGAUGCAGUCAACCGCCAAGAGGGCAAGCCCGCCAUGCACAAGCUGAAGCUGCUGCCAGAGGUGAUCAUGCUCCUCAACCGCAACCAGUACAUCAACAGCUUGGUCGAUCCUGAGAUCAACCUGCUGGAGGCUGUUCGUUUCUUCCUGGAGCCCCUGGACGACGGGUCGAUGCCGGCCUACAACAUCCAGCGUGAUUUGAUGCUUGCCCUGACCAAGCUCCCUAUCAACAAAGACGCUCUGAUUGCCAGUGGCAUCGGCAAGGUGAUUGUCUUCUACACCAAGAGCAAGCGCACCGAGCGCCGCAUCAAGGAUAUGGCCGAGAAGCUGCUGGCCGAGUGGACACGUCCGAUUCUCCAGCGCAGCGACGAUUAUUCCAAGCGGGUGUACCAACAGGCCGAUUUCGACCCCACAAAACUCACUAAGCGCACCACCGCCUCCGCCGAAGUCAUUGCUGCCGAAGCCCGCGCCCGCGAAAUGCUGCCUCCUCGCCUGGCCAACCGUGCCCGCGUCGAUCGUACUCAGGUCAGCUACACCGUGGUCCCACGCCAGACGGGCGUGCAGGAGAGCCGGUUCGCACGGCCUCUCGGUGCCAGCGGCGAGGACCGAUUCCGCAAGAUGCAGGCCCGCCAGAAUGCGGCGCAGAGAGCGUCUCGCCGCUAG